AAAUAAUUUAUUUACUAAAAUAAAUUUAAUAAAAAAAAUUCCGGUUACGUUCUUUUCAGACAUCCGUAAAAUUGCGAGGCUACUAAAACAGAGAAUGUAAACUAAAAAUGAGUUAUGGAUUACAUUUGAUAUUUUCUGACAUUUUUCUAUGUGUGUGUGUGUGCUGAGUACACACACUUUGUCAAAAUACCUCAACUUUAUUAAGUAUUUUAAAUUCCGUCUAAAUAUUAGUCCCGACACUUAAUAGAAUAUUACAUUUGUCCACAAGUUUAAUUUCAAUCUGAGAAUUUUUUUAUAACCAUAUUUUUAUUUUUAAUUUAAUGAAAUUUCUAUUACAAUCACACAUGCAUUUGGCGACCUUGUCAGCGACAUAUCAGCUGUGCCACAAGUUACUACUCGGAGUUUGUGGAAAGAGUUUGCGCGCAUUUGUACACCGCGUGUCCAAGAUCGAGUCGAAUGUCGGUCAGAAAAAUAAAGAAGUACCGAGAAGUUUUGUUGCUUUCGUGAUUUACAAGAGCCAUAUGGACGCAGUAGACUGCAGCUUAAUAGAACGCGAAAGUCCGGCCGCACAGAAAUGACCCAGAUUCGUUUCACGGUGCGCGCUACCACAUCGGUUAAUAUUAACAUUUUUUAGCUCGAACGCUAAUGCUGGCCGCGCGCAUUGGUUAACGGCUAAUAUUCGAGAUUGCUAGCGAAUUUCGAAUGUUUGUGAAACUUAGGUGAUCUUCCACGUGCACGUGGAAUGCGAAAAUUCCGUUAAACUCAGUAACCUGCGCGCGAGGGAAAUUCUAUCGACACGUUUAUCUCUGACAUUUAUUGGUUGAUAUGACGCUGACAUUCUAUCAUUUGCGCAAAUUGAAUUUAGCGAUGUGAAAUCUGCGGGAUCGCGAAUAUACACGUGCAUGUAACAUUUCUCUUUACCAGCCAUCGAAAUAGAAAAUAUUUCUAUAAUAACACGGGCGCGCGCGUAGAAUAACUCGCGCGAAAAAAAAGUUGAGGUAUAAUAAAUUCGAUUUUUGCUAAACAAUAACGCGGAAACGUAGGAAAUAUUUAGAGUUAUAUAACGGUUCGUUAAAUAACAUACUCUUCGAGCUACUUUACAUCGAGGAUUCCGAUCGACUCCCGAUGUCGUCAAGGAAAGUGAAAACUCGUAGCUGUCGAUGAUUGCUCCUUAUCUUCACUUGUAAAUGACCCAUUUUGCUAGGAUUUUUCAAUAAAGAAUCAGUGACGAUUGCUCAUCUUGGGAAGGGAAGUUUCGAGCAUACUGAAAUGUUAGUAAAAAGAAGACAAAUGGAGGUCUAACGAAAGAUCUUGGAAAUUUUCGGGAAAAAUUCACAAUUUAUUUUGUCUUGAUAAGCUUAUCGAUUGCCUAGAACGAUAAUCGAUAGUCAUUUCGGUGGAUUAAAUCAAGGAUUGAAGAACUUACUGCUCCAUCUCAUUAAAAAUACAUUAAAAAUACGAUCGUUAUACGACAGCAUUCUAAGAUUUGUUUAUUUUUUCUUAAAAAUAAGAAAAUCUGAGAAUUUGAGAAAGAGAACAGAAUCGCUAUUUGUGUAAAGCCAGACUUUGUGGCUUAAUAAAUAAUACUUGAAUUGCGAAUAAGUGUAAUAAAGAAAUUUCGCCGAUUGGAAAUAUUAUCGUCCAAGAAUCGUCUGAUCGUUAAAAGAAUUAUUAAAAAAAAUUGAAUUACGUUGAAUUAAAUUUUGCUAGGAAAUUCUUUUCAAAGAGAAGAUUGAUACAUCAUUUUGAAAUACAGCUGCGUACCUACUCGUUAUCAAAAGAAUGACCAUUGUCGAGAAGGUUUUCAAAUAUCGAUUCUAUUAUCCUGCUUCUGCGAAGGGAGAGAAACGUCGGAAAUUGCAAAUGUUAAAUUUACAAAGGUAAAUCUGUGAGAGAUGACUUUAAUACGUUUCGUUCGGAUAUCAUAGAAGAAGAUAGAAAAAUCAGAAAAAUAUUCUUCAGUAUUUCAUAAUAUUUAUUAACAAGUUAGAAGGAAGACAACUGCAAAUUCACCAGCGUUACAUCGAUAUCUUGCGUCUUAUGAGUAUAUUUUAGCGAGACUUGAUUUACGUUUAAUCGUAGCGUAGGUUCUUUCAACGAAAUAAUUUCUUUUAUCACGUAUCUUUAAUUACAACAUACAACUUAUUUGUUAAAUGAGAGAUUCGAGACAUUGUCCGAAGAUUAAGGGUGACCCAUUAUGGAGAUUGAAAAGCGGGGCAUUUUUUUGUUCCCGUCAGAGAGGAACGUAACACUGAAAUGAUAGAAACAAUGCAACCGCCGAUGAGAGAAAGCGAAAUAAUCGCGAUAUUAUCUCCGGAGAGGAAAGGCUCAGAGGAGAUUUCAAAGGAGGGCUUAUUCUUCAAACGCCGUUUAAUUCCUUUUCGGCGCUGCGACAUUAACGAGGAAAGAUCUUCCUGUUAGAAAUACGAUCAAACGAUACAUCGUGCGUGAAUAUCUGCUCAAAUGGGCUAUUUGUUGUAAAAAAAGCAUGUGCAGAUUAUUCACAAAUUCUUAUUUGCGUAUUUGUGUGUGAGAGAAAAAGAGAGAAAGAGAGAGGAAAAAUACCGCAGAUAUUUUAAAAACGGUCCCUUUUAAAAUAUAUUUUGCUGAUAAAACAAAUCGAAACAGAGAUUUUAAAAGCAGUCCCUUUUAAAAUAUAUUUUGCUGAUAAAACAAAUCGAAACGUUUGUUUGUACAUUUUACAAAAACACAAUGUGUUUCGAGAGAGGACUUUUCAUCGUGAAAAAGUUUCUGCAGAAAAUGUGCCUUGUAAUAGUAUAUCUUUUAGAGAAUAUUACUCAACUCUUUAAAAAUGAAGACUGCCAGGACACAUUAAGAGUUGUUUAUGCUUUAUUACUUAAUUGUUUUGUCAAUUUUUUUGUAUUUAUCCCGUGAAAAGCUAGCUUUCAAAGAGCUUUUUAUUUUUAAUUGCCUACAAUUAACUAAUGAAUUCACGAUGUUUUUUUUGAGAAUUCGGCUCCAAACUAACGAAGGAAUAAACUAGAAAUAGCAAGAGAAGUCUGAGACGUUCCGCAUGCUGAACCGUCUUUACGAGCGUUUUACCUCUCUUCAAAAGCGGACGAUGAAGCAAAACUGUUUGCGAACAAGUGGAAAGGAGUACAGCGGAAGAAAUUGUCGCGGACGUUAUUAUUGGCGGAAAAGUGUAACGAUAGAGCGUGUAGUGUCCGCGAUGAAGCGAGUGGAGGCGCAAACUCGCUUUCGACCGAGAGAAAGAAAAGAGAGGGCGAGCAGAGAGACUGUGCCCGCGCGCGGAUCCCGGAUGGUGCGGGGGUGGUGAGGAGGGUGCCGGAGGGACCUGGAAGGGUGCCUAGGAUGCGACGCGGUGGGGAUGAGUCGGGAUUGGCUUUUCGCGAACGUGAAACUCAGUAGUACGCUACCACCCACGCACGUAGUACGCACGUUCGCUCCACGUGUGCUCCGUCUAGAAGUCAUCCCCGUUCUUCACAUCCUGCAUCGCGUGUCAGCAGCGAGGGAAUCCGAGGGCGAAGAUUCGACGUGUCUUGGUGCCGGGACGAUCCACCGCGAGUACAUCCGGCGGGGAACGUUCAGCUGUCACCGCGCCGAAGACAGAAGAUUAUCGCGGUCGCCGAAGAUUGCGAAAGUAAAUGACAAGAGAGAAGUUGACGUCUGAUAUGUCAAACGCGACAUCACAACGAUUGUCAGAGAUGCGUAAAGAGGAAAUUGCUACGUAAAGAAGCGCGAACGACUUGGGUUUAUAUUUGAGAGAGAGUUUAUAUCAUCAUCGAGACGGCAAAGUGAACGAAGCAUCUUUCGUUUCAGAGAACAAGUGACAAAACACUGGACGGAUAUCGUAAGAUUCGCGCAAAUUAAUUAAUUAAUUUCUGGAGUCACGAGUGUCAAGAGAGAAAUGAGUCAAAUGCAAUAUACUUUCCUAUUCCGCACACUCCGAGCAUGAUUUUUCAUUGAAGAUUCGCAACAAUUCGCAAUCAGAUAGCAAAGAUGCAUUCAAAAAUCGCAACGUCACGCCCGUAGCGGAGAUAUUUAAGAUGACAUCACAUCACACGAGGGCAAAACUUUCUCGCGCUGGCAAUGUCAAAAGCACGGACCUUCGUAGGAUGCGACGGAUCUAGACUGCCCUAAAGAAACCAAGGGGUGCGAGGACCGUGAUCGUUCGAAAUCAACAUGUCCACUACGGAAUCGUGCGAUGGUGACACUAGUCCAACGCGUCGGCCAAGACAAACCAGAAUUCAUAGUGUUGCUCUACCAGCCAAGGCUUCCUUGCUUCCGGAACCACCGCCCACAGGAAAUGAUGUACCACCGCCAAUACCACGUCGACAUUCCGCUACUCCGGCGGUAGCACCACCCCCGAUUCCGUUGAGGCCACCAGCGAUCCCGAAGAGAAGUAAAAAUGAGAAACCUAUACCCUUGCAACCUACGACUAGACAAGAUAACCAAGUAAAUCGUCGCAAGGCGAGCGAUGGCUCGUCUGCACCUUCAUCAGUGAUGCCGACUGCGUGGAACAGCGUGGACUCGACAAAUCCAAAACUUAUAGACUUGGGUCCUUUCAAAAAUCAAAAUGAAAAUCAGCAGGAUUAUUUGUCGAGUUAUAACGGAAAAGAUGCGCGGGGAACGAACGAGCAUAACGAUUUCAUGGUUGACUUCGAGCGUGCAAACUUCCAGGAAGAACAUAAACUCGUGCAAAAGUCGAGCUUUGAGGAUUUGCAGAAAGCCUCUUUAGACCUUGAGAAAAGGCUUCACGAGAGAAUUAUUAAUAGCGCCGAGGCGAAAUUCGAGGAUUCGAAUGGCCGAGUGGAUGUUCGUCAACGACCGACCGCGACUACGGUAUCGCGGCCUAAUAGACAUCAAUCAUCAAAGUUCACAAAAGAGAACGAAUCCAACAGCUGUGAUCAGAAAAAAUCGUCCGAAAGUAAACCUAGGGAAGAAACGGCGCUAUCGCGAAGGGAAGUUUUUCAAGAGGAUGAGUCCAAGUAUACAACGAUUUUGGCUUCUGGGCGUGAGCGAAGAUCGAAGUUCGAGGAGUUGCAGGCGGCCUCGAAGAACCUAGAGAGGCGUUUGCGCGAAGACGAGGAUUAUCGUCGACAUCAGGAGAUGGAGAGACGGAUAAACAAGGACAAGCCACCCAGAUACGAAGAUCUCGAAAGAAUCCCGGAGGAUUUCGAUAGACAUUUCCACGCCGAGCAGAAAUCUUUAGAGCAGCAGCAGCAGCAGCAGCAGCAGCAGCAGCAGCAGCAGCAGCAGCAGCAGCAGCAGCAGCAGCAGCAGCAGCAGCAUCCAAUAACGCGAAGCAAAUACGAGAACGAUAUGGAAAGGGCGAGAAAUAUUUUGCAACAUAAUCUGAGAAAGGAGCGAGGCGGCGGCGAGAAACUCGAGAAAUUGCCGAAGGCGACGCAGACGAAUCUACCGCCGCCAUUGAGCACCAUUUGUCAGAGCCCCGUGCCGAAGCCUAUCAGCGUCCGACAGGACAGUAACGUUUCCUCAGACAGUUUCAGUCAGACCAGCUCGCCGAGCUACACCAGCAAGACAAUGGAAGCCCCCCUUCUGCCGCACAAGCACGGGAAAGUCCCAGACAGAGCUUUAGUGUCGGAGCCCGAUAACUCAUCCGGCAGGCCGAUAACGAAGUCUACGAGUACGCCGGCCAGUUUGCAGACUAUUGUCAGGAUGCACGCCGGAAACAACAGUUCCUUGCAUCACAAAAUAAUCAGAGACAUGACUAGCAGCCACUACGUGACAACGGGAAGGCUGCGUUUCAGAUUUGUACAAGUUCUGCUUAAUGCUGUUGCUCUCUUGGCCAUCGCCGGCGGUUUAGCCGCAUACUUUAAAACGUAUCCCGAGGGUGACUUCAAAAUGGAGAAUAGAACCGUGUUCGGGAACACGGCCGUGAUCCCGAUAUCCGAACGCACGCAUUCAGUGAUGGAGGACAAGAAUCCAGCCCCGGGAGUGUGUCUGCCCAUCAUUGUGACCUUCUGCCAGCAGCAUAAGGUUCCGUACAACUACACUGUGUUUCCAAAUUACAUGGGCAACUUCGGACAACGGGAAGCUCAGCACGAACUGGAUCUCUAUGAUGCUGUCGUGGAUGUCAGGUGCUAUGAACUGGCCGCUUUAUUCCUGUGCAGCGUAUUCGUGCCGAAAUGCGGCCCUCGGGGUCGCGUUGUACGCCCUUGCCGCAGUCUCUGCCUCCAAACCAAGAGACGCUGCGGUUUCUUUCUCAAAGUUUUCGGUUUGUCCCUGCCGGAUUAUCUGGAGUGCGAACUUUUUCCGGAGAAUCCGAAUCCCGACGAAUGCAUCGGGCAUCACGAGGUGAUCGAAGCGGCGAGGAGAGCCGAGAAACCGGUGUGCACCAGUGGCUUCCAGUGCGACGGCACGAGGUGCAUUCCGCUCGAUUGGCGAUGCGACGGUCAUCUGGAUUGCUCCGAUCACAGCGACGAGAUCGGAUGCGGCGAGUGCAAUUCCAGCUCGUCGUCUUCGUUGUCGGCGUCCGUCGCGUUCGGCAAGAUAAUCAAGGGACCUUUGACCAAGAGCACUUCCUCCAAGUCUUCGUUACAUUGCGGCGAGAGGAGAUGCAUGUCGGCCAGUCAUAUCUGCGACGGAGUCAUGGAUUGCCCUUGGGGCCAGGACGAGCGAUAUUGCUUGAAAUUGAGCCAAAGGAACGGGGAUAUUGGCGACGGCCGCCUGGAGGUAUAUCAUGCUGAAAUGGGUAAAUUUAUGCCGGCGUGUAUCUCGCAUUGGGAACCGACAUCGGCGCAAGAAGUUUGCGCUAUGCUGGGGUAUACGGUUGCGAAGACGCAUAAGCUGCAGAUCGAGGGAGGCAAUUUGACGCAAGACGCGCCACCGAACACCGGCUACCAAUCUAAACGUCAGAAUAAUUUGCUGAAGCAAUUUCAGAGGUGCAUCAAGGAUCGAGAGCCGUAUCCCAUGGUCAGGCUCACUUGCUCCGAAUACGCUUGCGGCCGCAGACGGUCCGUUUAUGGAAACUUGAGAGUUCAGAAGCGAAUAGUGGGCGGUGUGGAAUCAGCACCUGGUGAUUGGCCGUUUCUCGCAGCCCUGCUCGGCGGCCCCGAACAGAUCUUCUACUGUGCCGGAGUCCUCAUCGCCGAUCAAUGGGUGCUGACCGCAUCUCAUUGCGUCGGAAACCAUUCGGACGUAUCUGGCUGGACCAUUCAGCUCGGCAUUACCAGAAGACUCUCUCACACUUAUCUCGGUCAAAAAGUAAAAGUGAGAAGAGUGAUUGCCCAUCCGUAUUACAACUUGGGUGUGCCUCAUGACAACGACGUUGCACUGUUUGAACUUGAAAAGCGAGUUCAAUAUCAUGAGCAUCUAAGGCCUGUAUGUCUACCGACUGCUGCCACUAAUCUUAAGACCGGUACACGAUGCAUCGUCAUCGGCUGGGGCAAGAAAAACGAUACUGAUUCUGCUGAAUAUGAGCCAGCCGUAAAUGAGGUCGAAGUUCCUAUUCUCGACCGACAGAUCUGUAAUACCUGGUUAGCGCAUAGAGAAUUGAACGUCACCGAUGGAAUGAUUUGCGCUGGCUAUCCAGAUGGAGGAAAAGAUGCUUGCCAGGGUGAUUCUGGAGGACCUUUGUUGUGCCAGGAUGAGCAUGACAAGGAAAGAUGGUUCGUCGGCGGAAUUGUCAGCUGGGGCAUAUAUUGCGCCCAUCCAAAACUGCCCGGAGUCUACGCUAACGUGCCCAAGUACGUACCGUGGAUCCAAAAAGAAAUGUCUAGGUAUUCCGAGAACGGGGGUAAAGCGUAAUCGACCAAGUCGAGCAAAUAUUUGAACAAGAUCAUGGACAACAUCGAAAUAAAUCAGGUGAAAGGAGAAGGAAGUGAAACGGAGUAAAACGUCGAUAGACUUUCAUUAUGUCGCCUGACGAAAUAUUGGAAGAAGUCGAAAGCAAUUAUCCCCGUCUGCUAAUCUACGCUUGGCAGUUGCCGUAGGAGAGCAUCCUGUAUUAUCUUGAACGUCGCAGGCGAUAUUUUGUAUUUUGCGUGGUAUUAGAUGAAGAAAAUAGCGGAGAGUCACGUAUUAAUGACGAUCUCGCUCGUGAUUAGGCACAGAUAAUCGGGAGCUGACAAGAAUCACUAAUCGAGGAGACAAUUUGUGUGAGUGUUUGCUAAGCUCUGGGAUUCCGGACGAUGAAUGAUGACAUAGCUGAAUUUUCCCUCGAGUGAUAACAGAAAGAAUUAAUUCAAUCAAGGAAAUUUAUUAUAGCAAACUGCAACAGGAAAAAUAUUCUUUCCUACGAACAAAAAAAAAAUGAUCGUAGAAUUUGAUUUAAUUAUCAACGUCCUGGAUACCGAUAUUUGUUACCGCAGCUCUCAUAGCUCGUCCAACUGACACGAAGUUUUCAUCGCUUUACGACCUUUCGUAAGAAGAUUUUACGAAUAUAAGCCACUCAACAAGGAAAAUACGAGAUAAUCGGAAACAUAUAGAAUAUACUAUUUUGUAAGCGAAGCCACAUGUGGAUGCCGAGGAUGUUUGCGUACAUAAGUUCAAAUAAUAAGCCAUUUUCUAGGAGAUUACUAGACAAAAGAGCGGAUCAAAAUGUCGAUGUAUGUACUUUUGGUACUGAAAUAAGAAACCUCAAGGAUUUGCGACAAAACGAAAAUCACGCAUAUGAUGCGGCAAAAAAUAUUUUGUAUCGCUGCCGACUUUAGGACAGCCGUGUAUGAACCACCAAGUGGUCGAGGCCCUUGAUCAAUAGGGUGUGCGUUUAACAGCAUUCGGUGAUAUGAGCCGUUCGAGCGGAAUAGUGGUGUAAGUAAUAUAAUAGGUAAUAAAAACAUUUUAGGAGAGGCAUAAAAUGCCCAUCGUAUCGGUAUGACAUAAGAUUAAAAAAUUUUUCCUUCACAGUAUCAUAGACAGAGGUACAAUAAUAAAGAAAAUGAAUCUUUUUUAUUAAGUAUUUUAGAUUUUUUAUACCACUGUUCCACCUAACGACUUAUAUGCUUGUAUGGCAAUCAAUAGGAAAUCUGUGAUUUAUAAACUACCCUUAUAUGCGAAUGGACGAAGAUCUUAAAUCUUCUUUUGAAAUAGCUCUCUUCCGCCGAUAUAUUUGAUAUACUUACGUUUGUGUUGACACUUUUCACGGAACUAUAAUUAUUUAUUGAUAUUUAUUGAUUAUUAUACUAUUAAUUAUUUAAUGAAAAUCAGACA